CGCCCGUGCCAAGUUACGCCAGAAAGCACGUGACAAUUUAUUUAUGUCGCAGUUCUUUGAUCUUUGGCGGUCUUGCAACAUCGUCAGUUCUUAUUUAGACCCAGGGAACGACACAUCGUUGCCACAGCACGCCCGUCGUCGACCAAAGUCGCCAAAUAGAGUCGAUCAGCUGUAGCAUAGUUGCAGGAAAGUGACGGUCCGACGGACUACAUGUACUGGGGUGGCUUACCUUCGACAUACACGUCCCUUUAGUUCACGCCUCGGAAGUGCUUGCCGUGAUUUUCGGGAGUGAUGACUCAAAGGAAUUGCUGACACGAUGAACGGAGAAGUGCACAGCGGUGGUAUCAGCGGCAGUGAUGUCGAAUCUAUGGAAUCGGCGGACAGCUCCACCCACCUCGGCAUCGAGUUCGAGGACUUGCCGUUCGAGCUUCAGCUACAAGUGCUCUCUUACUUGACUCACUGUGAGCUCACUGUCGUCGCACGCGUGUCUAAUUCCUUCCGCCGGCUCGCGUACGAUCCGUCGCUGUGGAAGCGCGUCGAAGUCGACGGUGACUGCGACGCGUCGAGCUUCGGGUCCCUCCUGGAUCGGGCGCCGCUGCUUGAAGACCUGACAAUGCGCGCAUCGCCGCACGUGCUCGAGCUAGCAGCGCGCUCGUUCGCGGUGCGCAGGCUGCGGCUCCUCGACGUUGGUUUCUCGGUGGGCGUGAACUGUGCUGCGGUGUCGGCGCUCGUCGAUGCAUGCACGGAGCUUUCGCACCUCAACGUCGAAGGCUGCAAGGCCAUGGACGACGCGGCUGUGACGGCGCUGUGCCGGUUACCCUACUUCGUGAGCCUCAACAUCUCGCACUGCGGCUUGGUCACCGACGAGGGCAUCGUGGCGUUGGCGCGCGGCUGCCCGCACCUAAGGUUCCUCAAUGCCGACGGCAUUCCCAGUAUAACGGACAGGGCGGUAUGCGAGCUGGGCCAGCGCCUGGGACCCCAACUCAUCUCGUUGGAGCUGGAUGGGGAGGAGUUGACGGACGCUUCGUUUGAGGCUCUGCGCAUCUGCAAGCGGCUACGUACCUUGGGUGUUAGCUAUGCCGAGAACCUCUCGGACGCCAGCCUUGCCUGCAUCCAGGGCCUACGUGAGCUCCGUCAGCUGAAGCUUCGGCGGGGGCCACGACUGACAGCGCGUGCACUUGGCCGCAUGUUUGAGAACCAGAACCUGGCGAAUCUCAUCCGCCUCGAGUUGGACAGUCUUGCGUUGGACGACGAGGCACUCGCCCUUCUUGUCCGAGGGUGCCCACAACUGCACACACUCGAGCUCCCUUGGUGCUGGGACAUCACUGAGAAUGGCCUGGCUUCCAUCGUGGCCAACUGCCAGAACCUGGUGAACCUGGUUCUGCUAGGCCUGUUCAAGAUCCAUGGCUUCUGCCUGGCCGAGCUACCGGCACGCAUGCCCCGGCUGCGGUACAUCCACCUGGAACAGUGCAACGAGGUGGUGGAUUUAUUAUUAGAGUCGCUGGCCCGGCGGCUCCCGCAGCUCAAGGUGUACAACUACUACGGGGAGUUGGUCGUCCCCUUUGAGCACUCACCGUCGCAGUCCUCGGCAGGAUCGUCGCCGUGUGUGGAGCGGCAUCCUGGUCUCUCCUCGCCUUUAGAAAACCAGCAGUCUCAAGGCUGAAUACAGCUGUGUUCCCAAUUGUUGGCAGCAACGCGCACGCUGAGACAUGUGAGGUACUACAUGGGGGGCACUUGGCUCUUAUCAUAUUUAUGACAUCAACCGAUGAGAAGCCCUAUCUCAAGUUCUGCCCUUCUGGCACCAUCUCUUGGUACUAACAUCAGGUUGCAGAAGGGGCACCUCAUUAUCAGCAGCAGCAGCAGUCUAUUUUUAUGUCCACUGCAGGCCGAAGGCCUAUCCUGGCGAUCCUCAAUUACCCCUGUUUUGUGAUAGCUGAUUCCAAGUUGUGCCUGCAAAUUUCUUAAUUUCAUCGCACCCCCUGAUUCUCUGUACUUCCCUUGCAACCAUUCUGUAACUCUAAAGGUCCACCGGUUAUCUGCUCUACUCAAUGUGUUGCCUGGCCAGCUCCAUUUUUCCCUCCUAAUGUCAAAUGAAAUAUUGGCUACUCCCAUUUGUUCUCUAAUCCCCGCCACUGUCUUCCUGUGUCUUAAACUACAUUUUUCGUUCCAUCGCUCACUGUACGGUCUUUCACUUCUUCUCAAGCUGCUUUGUUGACCUCCGAGGGACAGAAGGGAUCCCACAGCCACCUAACAAAUACAAACUCGCCACCCAACUUGCUGAAAGACUGCUGCCCGUGUACCAGCGGCUUUCAGACCCACAGUUGCUGGCACGGUGCCCGAAGCGGCAGUACACAAAAUGCUGCUGAGGGCAUGCACUCGGUCAUCUGGUCAGUGUUCUCAAAAUACCAGCAUGCAUCAUUUUUCGCUGUGAUACAUGAGACCGUUGCAAGUGCAAUUUGGGAAACUUGCAAGCGUACAGUGAAAUCUGUGCUACACUUGAAAUGUGUGCCAGCCUUGUGCCCUUGCCCUCCGGAGCCGGCUGCUGAAAACACCACCAUCGAACGGAGAAAGCUUCUUAAAGCCCAUCAAGAUAAGCAGCAGAGGUGCAGAAAGGAACCCAGUGACAAGGACACCAACUUUUAUAACCCCAGUGCUUUUUAAACUGCUUCCAAAACUUUUUUUGAAAUGUUUUCUCAACCGUCUUUUUUUUUUUUUUUUGUGCCUGCCACCCUGCUCUUGGAAAGCAUGGCAGGACAAAGGUUGUGUGGAUUUUCACCCCAUUUGUUUUACUGUAAUCCCUAGAAUGUACUUUAGGGCAAGACAGUCUUAAAUUAUUUUCUUCUUCGGCUUCUGAUUUUUCGCUCUCUUUUUAGGAUUCUGCCUCCUCGCUACCUGAUGUUGUACGGUAGUGUGCAUAUUAUGUUGCUUGCAAAAAAAUAUUUAAGAAAUAAAAACGAAAUUAUGGCACUGUCUUGACCUCAAGUGCACAUCUGGGAAAGCAUAAAAAUUUAUUUGAGCAAUCUAGCAUGUUUUAUCUCUAUGCUAGGCAUUCCACAAGCGAGGAACAUGUAAAUUUUUGAUGAAAUAAAUACUACUUGGAUAUUCAUAUGAAGCU